AUGUCAUUUUAAAAUUUUCUUGAACCUAUAUUCUUAGCUAACCACAAAACUACAAGUCAUAGGGCCUCUAAAUCAAAUCUCAAUUCAAGAUAAAUAUAAAAGCAAAAAGAUAAUAAACUCUCAUAUUAAAUCAACCUUCUUGUCCUAAACAAAGCCUUAAAAAGUUCAGCAAGCCAGAGUUAAUUCAACAUAAACCAUUCGAAGUAUAAUGGUGGAUUCAUUCCUACUUUAAAUUCUUAAAAAUCAGAUAGGACAAUAGAGUUCAAUUAGUAUAUUAAUAAGUACGUGAGGAAAGCCCCUGAAUCUGAAAUAUUAGCAAAAAACAAAUAUCAGUUGCCUAGGCAUCAGGAAAAUAUUCAUACGAAAAUUCUUAACAUUCAACUAACUACUAAUGAGGAAAUACCAAGGAUUGAAUCAGAUUAGAAUAAUGGACUUUUAUAUGAAAAUUCUUAAAACUACAUGCUGGUGCCUAGACCAUUUAUGCCUUAAUCUCUAAAGAGCUAGGCAUAGGUUCAUUUUACCAGAUAAAUUCAAAAGCAUAAAAGAUUAGACUCUUUACUUAGAGAAAAUAAACUUUUGAAUCCAGUAACUACAGGAAAUUAUGAAGAAAAGAAAAGUUCACUAACUCCAAGAAGGGAAUCUGAUAAAUUCAUUUUAAAAAAUGAGUUAAAUCCUGUUGUCGAGAGCUUGAUCAAUACAAAUCAGCUCAAAAGAUUAUCAGAUUACAAGAAAAUGUCAAAUAGCGUCACUCCUAGGGACUAUUUAUUAAAAUAACUUACUGAGAGAAGUGGUAACAUGAUUAAUAAUGAUCAUGAUAGCAAAAUAAAACAAACGCUUAUUGUCUAUUAAGAUGCUAUAGGGAAUAACAGAAAUCAGAACCAAGAUGGAGGUUUGAUGAGCAGUAAACCUACCAAAGAGGACUUAAAUGAAGUGUCAAUUAUUAAAGAGAUGGAGUAAAUGAUAUCUUUUGAGAGCGAGCAACAUCCACAUUUGAAUCUCAAUUCAAAUAUUCCAGCAGACGCAAACAGGCAUCCAAUGUUUGUAACUACUCCUAUUUAAUAAAUCAGAUUUGAUAUGUAUACAGAUAAUAAUAAAGUUAAUGUAGCUAGUUAAUACAGCAGCAGAAGUGGUAGAUGGGUUCCUGCUUAUGAUGAUAUGUUUUAGACUUAAAAUUUGCAUUAGGAAUUGAAAAAAUUACCUAAAUUAGUAAACUUUAAAAAUCAAGAACCAAAAAAGAGAAAGAUAGUGAAGAAUAAAAGCUUAGGACCACUUCUUAAAUAAAGAGCUAUUGUUGCUAAUAAAGAAAAGAGAAAUAAAUUCUUCUGA